AUGCCCCGCUCUUUUUUGGUAAAGAAGAUUAAGCUGGAUGAUUUCUCCUCGUCUGCUGUGGUGGCUUCCAACCAUCAUCAUCACCAUCAUCAUCUGGACGAGUCCUUCACUUUCACCCGCUCCAUCACAGACUCUGUUACCAGCUUAGGCAUACGGCUCAGUGAGAAUGGCUAUAUCAAGGACUACAUCAGUCCAUCAACGUAUCAGGGUGAGAAGAAGCUCAGCACGGCUGUAUCUGACCCACUCUAUGCUCCAGUCAGCAGUGGAGGAGAGGAGUAUUGUGAGCCAGACUUCGAGCAUCCAGACAGCCCUCAGUCUGGCCGGACGGCACAUGGGUACUACAGCGGCGAGUCAGAAGGUCAGAGCGAUGGCUACACAGCAGACGGCUUCUACAUCUCAGACGGCCGCUCACGCAGAAGAGGCGAGGCCAAGGAGGCACGUAAGAGUGUAGAGGUGAAGGAGGGCGGUGCAAGGCACACAUGCAACGAGUGCGGCAAAACCUACGCCACAUCAUCCAACCUGAGCCGCCACAAGCAAACCCACCGUAGCCUAGACAGCAAGAUGGCUCGCAAGUGCCCAACGUGCAGUAAGGUCUAUGUGUCCAUGCCGGCACUGGCCAUGCACAUCCUGACACAUGAUCUGAAGCACAAGUGCAACGUGUGCAGCAAGGCGUUCAGCCGCCCAUGGCUGUUGCAGGGCCACAUGCGCUCGCACACGGGCGAGAAGCCAUUCGCGUGUGCUCACUGCGGAAAGGCCUUCGCUGACCGUUCCAACCUUCGUGCACACAUGCAAACACACUCUGCGUUUAAGCACUACCGCUGCAAGCGCUGCCACAAGACCUUUGCACUCAAAUCAUACCUGAACAAGCACUACGAGUCGGCCUGCUUCAAGGGCUCCGGAGACGAGGACGAGUCUGGCUCGGAGAACUAAGCGCAAUACAGCGGGAGAACAGAUGGGAGAAUUCCUUCACUAAGCCCUUCCUUUCACAAACAGAAACAAAUGC